CUGGAUGCAAAGAGCAACGAGUGCAAGGCGCUGCAGGCGCAGCUGCAGCAAGCACAGUGCAGCGAGGCAGCCAUGGCUCUGUACGUACCCACUCUCUUGCCGCCCUGCCUUCGUCUCCCCGCCUUGCCUUCCUUACGCUCCGUUUGCUUGGAUAAGCUCUGGCACGUAUUGUGCAUGCAGCAGAUAGAGCUGAGCAAGGAAGGGCUGCUCAAGAUGGCUCGCAUGGCAGCAGGCGGAGCAGCCACAGACGCAGCCGCUGCUGUCGGUACCACCAGCACCAGUCGCAUGGGCACAGGCAUGGGCAGCAGCGGUGGUAGGGGCAAGCAGGGGAAGGGGAAACAGGCGUGGAUGCUGGAUGAUGGAGGGGAUGAUGAGGGCAGAAAUGGUGGCAGUGGUGACGGUGGUGGUAGCAGCAGUGAUGCUGGUGUGAUCUGCGUGCUGCAAUACACGCUCAUGGAGAGAAACAAGCAAUACAAAGACCUUCUCACCAAGUUCUUUCAUGAGGCGCAGUACAGAGACCUUCUCACCAAGUUCUCGCGCCUCACCUCGCAGCACUCGCUGCUCGCCUCUACCAAUGCCCGUACUGCUAAGUCUGCAGGUACUGCUAAGUUUGCAGGUACUGCUAAGUCUGCAGGUACUGCUAAGUUUGCAGGUACUGCUAAGUCUGCAGGUACUGCUAAGUCUGCAGGUACUGCUAAGUCUGCAGGUACUGCUAAGUCUGCAGGUACUGCUAAGUCUGCAGGUACUGCUAAGUCUGCAGGUACUGCUAAGUCUGCAGGUACUGCUAAGUCUGCAGGUGGUGGUGGUGCUGCCGCUGCUGUUGCAUCGGCUCGCGUCCCUCCCCGCGCCCCUGCCCCUUGUGUGAUUGUAGGAGGGGCGUUGCAGGGGGUGCCAGGCCUUCAUAAGAAGAAGACGGCAGCAAAGGGAGCAGUGCAGCAGCAUGCCCAAGAAGCACAGCUCGAGUCACAGUUACCCGCGGUGCAGCCUGUUUCGCAGGCGGCGCCACACGUGCAUGUGAACAAUCCUGAUCCUCCGCAAGGAGGGAGAAGUGUUGAGGGGAGGGUGCGGGGUGGUGAGGUGGGGGAGGAAGGCGAGGCUGCUGGCGCAUGCAGUGGUGUGUCCCGAGGGCGAGAGGGACCAGUUUUUGAGUCGACUCGGAAAUCGGCUGGUGGAGCAUGUAGUGGUGUGUCCAGAGGGCGAGAGGGGCCAGGAGGAGUGCACGGGGGGCAGCGUGCAGAGAAAGAUGUGAUAUGCUUAGAUGAUGACGAUGAGGAGGAGGAGAAGAAGGCAUAUGAAGAGGCAUGUGGGGUGGCAAGUGAAGUGGCAUGUGAGGAGGAGGCAUGUGAGGAGGAAGAGGAGGGUGAGGGCGAGGAGGAUGAUUUCCUGGAAGGGUUGCUGCAUGCUGCUGAUGACCUCGCCCCCCCUGCACGCACUGUUCCUGCUGCCAUGGCCACCGGACGGGCACCCGCAGCAACAGCAAAGGUGACAGCUGCAGCAGACAGAGUAGUAGCAGGAGGAGGAGGAGGAGGAGGAGGAGCGGAAGCAGCAGCCGCAGCAGGAGCAGGAGCAGGAGCAGCAGUGAGAGCGUCAGCACCCCCCGGCUGUGUAGGCGAGGUGGAGGGCGAAGGGCGGAGAGGAGGAGGUGUGGCAGGUGUGACGGAAGGGAGAGGAGGAGAGCGGGCAGGUGCAAGAGAGGGGCAUGUGGAACAAGUCUGCGAUGCUGGUGCGGCGGGCAGGGGAGAACGGGGGGAGGAGGAUGAAAAGGGCAGGCGAGGGGAGGUGGAGAGUGAGUGGGGAGAGGAUUGGAUGCAAGGGGAGGAGUAUGGUGAUGGGCACGAGCAGAUGGAGCCACCGCUGUCACAUUCAGCCCUCCCAGCCCCACAGUUCUCUCGCCUCGCACACUCCUCCCUCCCCUCUCUCAAGCGCCACAAGCCACAACCCGCCUUCCUCCCCUCAGCCCGCGCUGUAACCCUCUCAAACGGCCCUCAAUACCUUAAUAAUAGCAAUAUUCAGCAGCAGCAGGUGCAGCAGGGAGGGCAUUCAAGGGGGCAGGUGCAUGUGCAUGUGUCGGGACGCAAGGCUGCUUUUAUGCUGGCUCCGAAGCAUCUUCCUGGCAUGAACGACCCGUGCGUGUAUGCAGCUCCUGUGCACAAUGCUGCUGGUAAUAAGAGCAACACCAGCAGCGGUGGCACCUCACACACUGCUGCCGCCAUUGCACCUGCUGCUACUGCCAAUGGUAUCGCCACUGCCACAGCCGCUGCUGCUGCUGGUGGUACUGGUGCUGCUGCUGCCACUGACUCUGCUGCUGCUGCUGCUGCUGCUGCUGCUACUGGUGGUACUGGUACUGGUACUGGGGCAGGCAUAAGACCAGAGGCGAGGACAGACACAGGGCUGGAGACAGGAGCAGGGAUGGAAGCAUGUCCCACUAGCAGUCUACACAGCCAACACCUGGCAUCUGCGUGCACCUCUUUGCCCUCGUGUGCUUCGCCUCCCCGUCCAUCUCUCUCCGCUGCUCCUCUCGUGGCCAUGGGUCCUGACGGCAGGGGUGGGGUGCAACGGGUGCUCAAGCUAAGCAGCAGCGAGCCAUCACGGGCCACACUUCCUGCCAAGCGGAAGCUGGUAAAGAACAAGGCACAAGCAGGAGCAGCAAGAGGGAAGGACAUGCACCGCAUAGAUGGCACGUGCAACCACCCACCACUCGUCCCUCUUUACUGCACCCCGUGCUCGUCGCCCCUCGCUACAAUCACACCCAGCGCGUCACUCCACGCUUACACGAUAAACCCCUCGGUACACAACAGCCUCACCACGAGAUCCGUUCCGCCGUUACAAUCACUCUCCAAGUCCGGUCUUUUGGGAAACGCUCGCGAUCCGAACGCGCCUAAGGCCCAGCCGCGGCGGUAUGAGGCACCUGCGGUGCGUGUAGCACCCGUUUCGCUGAGCCAUCGCCACUGGCAGGGGCAGCAGCAGGGGCAGCGGCAGGGGCAGUGGCAGGGGCACGGGGAGCGGAAGGAGCAGGGGGGAUUGCAGCAGCGGGAGCAGCGGCGGUGGGUGACGUACAUGCCGCGGCCAGGGGAGAGCGCCCCGCGCACGGUGACACUGCUGCCUGGGGAUGGCAUUGGCCCGCUCGUUGCUGACGCCGUAGUGCAGGUGCUGGCGGCCAUGCGGGCACCGGUGCAGUUUGAGGUGUGUGAGAUCAGUGGCAGGAUGCCGCGCCUGCCUGCAGAAGUGCUGGACUCGCUGCACCGCAACGGCGUUGGGCUCAAGGGCGGCCUCGCCACUCCUGUGGGCGGCGGCGUGAGCUCCCUCAACAUGCGUCUGCUGGUGGUGCGGGAGAACACGGAGGGCGAGUACAGCGGGCUGGAGCACGAGGUGGUGCCAGGUGUGGUCGAGUCCCUCAAGGUGGUGAGCAAGUUCUGUUCAGAGCGCAUAGCGCGCUACGCCUUCCAGUACGCGUACCUCAACGGGCGCCGGGCAGUCACGGCGGUGCACAAGGCCAACGUCAUGAAGGUGUCAGAUGGACUCUUCCUUGACUCCUGCCGCCAGGUGGCGCAGGCAUACCCGCAGCUGCGCUACAGCGAGGUCAUCGUGGACAACUGCUGCAUGCAGCUCGUGCGCCGCCCCCAGCAGUUCGACGUCAUGGUGACGCCCAAUCUGUACGGCUCGCUGGUGGCCAACACAGCAGCAGGCAUCUGUGGCGGCUCCUAUCUCAUGCCCGGAGGCAACGUCGGCGACAACGCAGCGGUCUUCGAGCAGGGCGCAUCAGCAGGCAACGUGGGCAACGAGCGCAUGGUAUCAGAGCGCACGGCGAACCCCACAGCGCUGCUCCUGUCAGCAGCCAUGAUGCUGCACCACCUGCACCUGCCUGUCUUUGCUGACCGAGUGGAGGGGGCAGUGAAGGGCGUGCUGGCAGAGGGGGCCGUGCUCACUCCCGAUAUGGGGGGUAGGGCCACGACGCAGGAUAUGGUUGAUGCGAUUGUGGAUAAGCUGGGGUAG